AUGAAAUAAGCUAAUCUCAUUGAGGUUAGUGUUGAAGAUCCUAAAUUGAAGCCACUUCUCAAAGAAAACAACUAGAGUCCUGUGUAAACUAAAUCAUUGCUUAUAAAAUUUAAGUUUGCAAAGAUUAGUGAAGUUGUUAUUAAAUUAAAUCAGAAACCUAGGAAUAUUAUAGCAAAACUAUGUAACCUUUCAUAAUAAUCAACUCAAUCAAAUUAAUAUGACUUGGAGUAUAUAAAAUUAUCCUAUGUUACUAAUGAGAAUCAAAAAGUCAUUUAUUGUAGCUCUGUUAACACAAAUUAAGUAACAAUAACAGUAAACAUUAAGCUCUAUACAAAUCUCUUAAUAAAGCUUGAAUAGAAUGAUGUAGCUUUUUAUAGCAUCUAAUUAUAUGGUUAGGAAUAAGCUCCUAAAGCAAAAUAAAGUUUUUGGGAUAAUUUCUUUGUCUAACCAUUGUCUAAUGGUACACCCGACCACCAUACAAACAACAAAGAUCAAGAAGAAAGAAGGAUAUAGGAAAUGAAUAAAAUUGCAUAGAAAGAAAAAAUGGAACUUGAAAAGGCAGUAGAAAAUAGUUUCGUUAGUGCCAAAUAUGAAUAGAUAAAUUAAAAAUAAAUCAUAGAGUCUAUUAAAGACACCAAAUAAUUUUAGUAAAGAUAAGUAUAUCAAUUUCAAGAAGAUGAACAAAUGAGCUAAGAGAUUUUGAUGGAAAACAAUGAUUUAUAGAAAUAUUAAUAUGGAGGGAAGAAACAGCCUUAAGUGAGGAGUGAAAAUUUUGGAUAUACAGAUAAGAAUAGUGUUCCUGAUUUGGGAUUUAAGGGGAAUGCUAAGGAAAAGUAAGGAUAAAAUAGUGAUGACCAAAUAAAAAUACAUUUUAUGACAAAGUAUAAAGCAGAUGAUAUUAAUCAGGCUUUUAUGAGAAUGCAUUAAUUAUUGGAGGAAACAGGGGGAGCGAAGAGAGUUCUAAAAAAUGUGAUGUAUAAUUGA